GCGGGCGCCGGCGGCAGCGGCACAGUUUGCUGGGUCUGGGGAGCUCCUGCUCCGCGGGACCUCCCGGCAGGAUGGGUAAAAAGAUAAAGAAGGAAGUAGAACCUCCUCCUAAGGAUGUGUUUGAUCCAUUAACAAUUGAAAGCAAAAAAGCAGCAACCGUGGUGUUAAUGCUUCAUUCUACAGAAGAAGAAAUUUUGGCUAAAGCAUGUGAAGCCAUUUAUAAAUUUGCAUUAAAAGGUGAGGAAAAUAAAGCAACCCUCCUUGAACUUGGAGCUGUGGAACCUUUAACUAAACUGAUCACCCAUGAAGACAAAAUUGUAAGAAGAAAUGCUACUAUGAUAUUUGGAAUCCUGGCUUCUAAUAGUGAUGUUAGGAAAUUGUUAAGGGAGUUAGAUGUCAUGAGUUCUGUCGUUGCCCAGCUUGCUCCCAAAGAAGAAGUCGUUAUCCAUGAGUUUGCCAGUCUUUGUCUGGCAAACAUGUCCAUAGAGUACACUGGUAAAGUGCAAAUAUUUGAACAUGGUGGAUUAGAACCUCUCGUCAGACUUCUGAGUAGCCCAGACCCAGAUGUAAAGAAGAAUUCUAUUGAAUGCAUUUACAACCUGGUGCAGGAUUUUCAGUGUCGAAUUACACUUCAAGAACUAAAUGCAAUGCCUGCUAUAUUAGAGCUUUUGAAGUCGGAAUAUCCAAUUAUUCAGUUGUUGGCUCUCAAAACCUUAGGUGUUAUUACAAAUGAUAAGGAAGCCCGAGUAAUGCUAAGAGACAGUCAAGGAUUGGACCACCUUCUUAAGAUCCUAGAAGCGAAGGAAUUGAAUGACCUUCAUGUCGAAGCACUGUCAGUGAUAGCCAACUGCCUGGAGGAUAUGGACACGAUGAUGCUUAUUCAGCAGACAGGGAGUCUUAAAAAGCUUCUGUCAUUUGCAGAAAACUCUGCAAUUCCUGAUGUGCAGAAGAACGCAGCAAAAGCAAUUACUAAAGCAGCUUAUGAUGCUGAAAAUAGAAAACUUUUUCACGAACAAGAGGUCGAAAAGUGCCUUGUAACCCUUUUGUGUUCUGAAAAUGAUGGAACUAAAAUUGCUGCUUCCCAAGCUAUUUCAGCAAUGAGUGAGAAUUCAGGCAGCAAAGAUUUUUUCAAUAAUCAGGGGAUCCCACAGUUGGUUCAGUUGCUAAAAAGUGACAAUGAAGAGGUAAGCGAAGCUGCCGCUCUAGCCCUGGCAAACCUGACCACGUGCAAUUCUAUUAAUGCAAAAGCUGCUGCCAAAGCCGAUGGGAUCGAUGCAUUAAUAAACGUCCUGUCUAGCAAACGAGAUGGAGCCGUUGCUAACGCGGCCACGGUGUUGACAAACAUGGCCAUGCAGGAGCCCCUGCGCGCGAGCAUCCAGAGCCAUGACAUCAUGCACGCCAUCAUUGGCCCCCUGCACUCUGCAAACACGGUCGUGCAGAGCAAAGCUGUGCUCACUGUCGCCGCAACCGCCUGCGACGUUGAGGCCCGGACAGAGUUAAGAAAUGCUGGUGGGCUGGAGCCCCUGGUGGACCUCCUGCGCUCCAAGAACGAGGAGGUGAGGAAGCAUGCCAGCUGGGCCGUGAUGGUGUGCGCCAGCGACGAGCUGACGGCCACUGAGCUGUGCAAGCUGGGGGCUUUAGAGAUCCUUGACGAAGUUAACCUAUCAGUAAGUCGAAAAAAUAAAUUCAGUGAGGCAGCUUAUAACAAAUUGCUCAACAACAAUCUUCCCCUGAAAUAUAGCCAGACUGGCUAUUUGUCAUCGGGUAACAUAAUUAAUGAUGGAUUCUAUGAUUACGGCCGGAUACAUCCUGGCACCAAACUUUUGCCUUUGAAGGAGCUCUGCAUACAAGAACCAAGUGACCUACGGGCCGUGCUCUUAAUCAACACGAAACCUUCUGAUGUUUCUCCACCUCUGUCUAUGGAAGAGAAAUCGUCAGACAUUGCUUAUGGGCGAAGUAUGUCUUCUUCAUCUUCCUUAAGAAGAUCGAGUAGAGAAAAAUCCAAUUUUCGUUCUAGUGCUGGAUUUGGAUCUCCCACAGAAGAGAAGUCAGAAUCUACUUCUGGACGAAACACUGUUCUUAGCAAAAGUGCCGGGAAAGAAAAAGGAUCGAGGAAAGGCAGAGGAAAAAAAGAAGAGGAAAAAGUGAAAGAAGAGGAAGAGCUUUCGACAGCACCAAAAUUGGUUGGCGAAGGAAGCCCUGAUAAAGAAUGGUACCCUCCCUGUGACCCUAAUUUCUGCAUGUAUGUGUACGAGGUGACCAAGUCAAUACUGCCCAUAACCAAUAUUAAGGAACAGAUUGAGGUUCUUGCAAAGUAUGUGGCAGAAAAAAUGGGUGGGAAGAUUUCGAAAGAGAAACUACCUGAUUUCAGCUGGGAACUUCACAUAAGUGAACUAAAAUUUCAACUUAAAUCCAACGUUAUACCAAUUGGACUUAUCAAAAAAGGAAUCUUCUACCAUCGAGCUUUGCUUUUCAAGGCUCUGGCCGACAGAAUCGGCCUCGGCUGCUCUCUGGUCCGAGGGGAGUACGGCAGGGCGUGGAACGAGGUCACCCUGAUGCACGAGCGGAAGGGACUGCUGGGGGGCUUCUCCCCGCCUGACGUGUACAUCGUGGACCUCAUGUUCCACCCAGGGGGGCUGAUGAAGCUGAGAAGUCGGGACGCCGACCUUUACAGAUUUCUUUAAACUACCCAGCCAACAUGAGCGGGGCUCAGACAAGAAACUGGCUACACUUUCCAAGUUCACCGGUUGAUUUGAUUUCUUUAAAUAAAAGCAUUAGAAAAUGUUCUCU